CUGAGGGUAAUUUCUACAAACUUUAAUUUUUCAGGUAAUGCAGGCCAUUUUGAUGGCGAGGUUUCACCACUGAGAUACUUGGAGAUGGCUGCUGAGUGGUUUGCCACAGCGAUCAAGUUGUCGCCCAAAAGGGCUGAUCUUCAUUUUAAGCUAGGGCAGAUGUUGGAGGAACAACACUAUGUGGAGGAUCUCUAUGGGAUCAAACCUCCAAAAUCCUCUGAUGAUGAUGAUAUGGAUUUUAAUAUGAAAUCCAAGGAAAGUUCCAAAGAAGAUGACAUUCAGGCCAUCUGUGAGCUGCGUGGUGCCGGACGGAAUGCCCCAUUAGCCUUGCAGCUGAAGGCUAUUGAUGAAGAAUAUCAUUAUCUUUUGGACCAGGGACAGUCUGACAAGGCUGACUAUGUUCAAAAGUUGUAUGCAUGGAAAUCAAAACAAGCUACACAGGUAAUGUACUACUAGGCUUCAUUUCAACUUCAUGACUUUUUGUGAACAAUAUUAAUAUUUUGUUUGUCUUAUAUAAA